CCCGGGCCGCCGCCCGGCGCGGGGGCCAUGGCGUUCACCUUCGCCGCGUUCUGCUACAUGCUCACCCUGGUGCUGUGCGCCUCCCUCAUCUUCUUUGUCAUCUGGCACAUCAUAGCCUUUGACGAGCUGCGGACCGACUUCAAGAACCCCAUCGACCAGGGGAACCCAGCGCGGGCACGCGAGCGUUUAAAAAACAUCGAACGCAUCUGCUGCCUCCUGAGGAAGCUGGUGGUCCCGGAAUACUCCAUCCACGGCCUCUUCUGUCUGAUGUUUCUGUGCGCGGCAGAGUGGGUGACCCUGGGCCUCAACAUCCCACUCCUCUUCUACCACCUCUGGAGGUACUUCCACCGCCCGGCGGACGGCUCUGAGGUCAUGUAUGAUGCGGUCUCCAUCAUGAAUGCGGACAUCCUCAACUACUGCCAGAAGGAGUCCUGGUGCAAACUCGCCUUCUACCUGCUCUCCUUCUUCUAUUACCUGUACAGUAUGGUUUAUACGUUGGUGAGUUUCUAAGGGGGAAGCCGGCCAGGGAGCAAGCCCAGAAUGGACCGGACGCCUGUGCACCCCCAGCCCUACCCCUAGGCCGCAGAGGCCUCAUCCCUGGGGAGGGAGGGGGCACUGGUGCCCCCAGCCUCCUCUCCACCCCUCCAAACUGCUGCUGCGGGGACUUCCCGCCUUCAGAGCCCCCUCCCCUUGGACCAGGGCUGGGCAGAGCUCUAAAUGGGGCAGGGGCUCCUCUGCCAGCCUGUAGGCAUGGCAGUCAGUCUUGGAAGGGGCGGAACCUCCGGCCUUGUCCACUUCUGGGGGGGAACAUGGACCCUGCCAAAGGGCAGGGCUUGACCCUGGAAGUUCUGGGCCGCCCCCCUCCACCUCCACCCUGAGGCUCCCCCUGCAGGUGGGGGGGUACCCGCACCGGGAAUGAGCAGGCUCAGCAGGGGGGCAGUCCCACCCCUAGUCUGCCCUCUCCCCUCCCCCAGGCUCUCUCUCCAGACCUCCCCCUUCCCCAUCCCCACUCUCCCCAAUCCCAGCCUGUCCUGUCUCUUGGACCCAUUUUCUAUGUUGCCUGGAGGAGUCCGGCACCCCCUCCCCGGCCAUUUGUGAGAAAAUAUGAAUAAACUACUGCAAACA